GCGCGCAAUUCGCAUGCGCCUCAUCGCGCGCAUCGGCGGGGGAGCCGCGCGUGCGCUUUGCUUCCCCCGCCGCGUUCUAGCGCCGAGCGUGGCGGUUUCCGCUCUCCCUCCGGCGACCCGUACGAUGCCGCCCUCCGACCCGCCGCCGCGGGGUCAGGGGUCGGGCGGCCAUCUUGUGGCGGCGGCCGGCUGUCGGUGAGGCGGCGUCGCGCCCUCCCCGCGGGCGGAGCAGGCCCGGCGCGGGCCGGCCCGCCGCCAUGUCCUCCUUCUCCGAGUCGGCGCUGGAGAAGAAGCUGUCGGAGCUGAGCAACUCGCAGCAGAGCGUGCAGACCCUGUCGCUGUGGCUCAUCCACCACCGCAAACACGCAGGGCCCAUCGUCUCCGUCUGGCACCGGGAGCUCCGCAAAGCAAAAUCAAGUAGGAAACUUACUUUCCUGUAUUUAGCAAACGAUGUCAUCCAGAACAGCAAGAGGAAAGGUCCUGAAUUUACCAGGGAAUUUGAGUCAGUUCUCGUGGACGCUUUUUCUCAUGUCGCCAGAGAAGCAGAUGAGGGCUGCAAAAAGCCUUUGGAACGAUUGCUUAACAUCUGGCAAGAGCGAAGUGUGUACGGCAGUGAGUUCAUCCAGCAGCUGAAACUCUCUAUGGAGGACUCCAACAGCCCCCAAACUAAAGUUGCAGAGGAGAAGAAGUCGUUGAAGCGAACUUUUCAGCAGAUCCAAGAGGAGGAAGAUGACGACUAUCCCGGGAGCUACUCGCCCCAGGACCCCAGCGCUGGGCCGCUGCUGACCGAGGAUUUGAUCAAAGCCCUGCAAGACCUGGAAAAUGCAGCAUCAGGAGAUGCAACAGUGCGGCAAAAAAUUGCCUCCUUGCCUCAGGAAGUUCAAGAUGUUUCAUUACUGGAGAAAAUUACAGACAAAGAGGCAGCCGAGCGACUCUCGAAGACGGUGGACGAGGCGUGUCUGCUGCUGGCCGAGUACAACGGGCGGCUGGCGGCCGAGCUGGAGGACCGGCGGCAGCUGGCACGCAUGCUCAUCGAGUACACCCAGAACCAGAAGGACGUGCUGAGCGAGAAGGAGAAGAAGCUGGAGGAGUACAAGCAGAAGCUCGCUCGGGUGACCCAGGUGCGCAAGGAGCUGAAAUCCCACAUCCAGAGCCUGCCGGACCUGUCGCUGCUGCCCAACGUCACGGGAGGGCUGGCACCGCUGCCGUCGGCUGGUGACCUGUUUUCCACAGACUAGGACAGACUGUCCCCAGUUUCCGCUGCCAGCAGAAGGAAGACGACUGGUGUUGGCUGGAAAUCCACUCUUCCGAGAUCUGCAGUAGGAAGGAACUUGCAGAUGCUGCUUUCGGCCUCUCGGCUGCUCCUGUUCUCCCCCGCGCUUUGUGCGUUUCCUCACGCUGAGGGGAGGAGAAAAGUGAGUUUUGUGAGCUCAGAAGGGAGUGGGGACAGUCCAGAUAGGAAGAUCUUUUUUCAUACUCUUUAGUUGCUGUUUGCUCUUAGCACUUGUUACCCCCACAGAAGUCACGAGAAUCAUGUACAUACUUACCUGGAAAGUUUUCCAAGAAAGGCUGACCAUAUAACAUCUUUUCUCUAUAAACAUAUUGUAUUAUUUCUGAAUAAGUCUUGUCCGUUUUAGUUUGGUUUCUGCCCCUCGUCUCUGAGCAGAGGGGCGGCCGCUGUGCUCCCAGGGCUGACAACGCGCAGCGGAGCCGCGCGGCACUUACCGAGCACUGGUACAGAGAAAUACUGCCCUUGAGUCUACAGUUCCUCGUUCUGCUGUGGGACUGACAUGGACACAGUUCCCGUUCAGUGUGUACGGCAACGGGAACUCGCCACAGGCAAUAAAAAUAAGCAGCUUUUCUUUGUGAAUUAGAGAGAGCUUCUCUGCUGAGCAACGCAGAACUGGAUAUUACCUGAAUGAGGAUGAGAGGAAGUUUUGUUCUAGCUACCUUAGAUUUAUACCACAUUUUUCUUCUUCCUUAUACAAACUCAGAUGGUUGCAGAAGCUGGAAUGGUGUAUUGCAGCUGGUGACAUCCCGGUGGCCGGCACUGUCUGAUCCACUCUGAAGAUGGUUAUGCUGAAAAUACUAUUCUAUAAAUUCUCUGUGUAGCUUUAGUGAAGUUAUUCAAUGAACAGAAGUUAAAUGUGGUAUAAAUAUUUAUUUAUAUAGAAAAUAGACCCAUAUAUAUGCACAUAUCCUGUAUGCACAUGUACCAUGUCCAUGCAUGUAGAUAUUAGAAGGAUGUACUUAAUUUUGUGUCGCAGAUUAUUGUGAAUUGAUUUUUAUAAUUGGGAAAAGUCAGGAAAAAAGUCCAAUUUAAAUACUCUUAACUGCAUUAUGUCGCUAGCUGAUGUUUAGCUGCCAUGGGCGCAGUGACAUUUUGGUUUGUGUGUUAGGUUAACAAGCUGGACUCUGAUCACUGAAAAGCAUUCCAAUUUGGAUAACAAUUCUGUUUAAAUUUAGCACCUCUCACUAGAAAACAUUUUGGGUUUGUGGAAACACUUGCUCUGGUAAUGCCGGUUUUGUAACACAGGCUGCAAUGGGUUGAGUGACGUGCUGUGGUUGUGCCUCCCUAUAGUCUUAAGCUGCUGUUCUCACAGACACGAGAGGAGACCUACAGGAACGCAAAGCUUGUUCUGUGUGCUCAGUAAUUUAUUGUCCAGGGUAUCCAGAGCCUAUUCAGCACUCAGUUAAAACACGUAAUACAGCAUUUUUUGGUCACUAAGUUGUUCAGAAGCUCCCGUCCUUUUCUCCUGCCGCUGCGGCGUGUCCGUGUUCUCAGAACUCGCACCCUCGCUGCCCAGCCAGGCCCUGGGGCCCGUCCCAGACGCUGUCCGUGGCUGAGCUGUUCCUUCCCAGCUGCCUUGCUUGUGCAGCCUCGUGGGGGCCAAACGUUCCUCACGCAAGCACUGGACGUUCUCUCUGCUUUUGCCAAAAAUGAAAAACAAACUCCCCUCCCCAAGCCUCAAAAACCUAAACCAAAAGACUCAUUUCUGUCCUUUCGCAGCUCGUGGAGUCACCCGAAGCUGUUAAACCAAUAGUUGUUCUGACCAUUGAUGGAAUGUGUAGCCGUUAGAGGACAAAAAAGCUGUCAUAAAAAAAUUAUGUAGGCAAGUGUGUUGGGAUCUCACGCUGUUGUUUUGGGCAGAUCUGUGAGAGAGUUGUAUGUCUUUUUUAAUUGAAAUGUUUUGAUUUUUUUUUUUUCCAAAUAUAUCUGUGUGUUUUAUUUUGCUUAAUUUAAUUGAAGUCUUGUGGUUUUUAAUUUUAUUUGUUUUACUUUUUGGGCAAAGGGCAUCCGGCGAACUGGGUGACGUUCUCUCAAGGUUGAACAGAUUUCCCCCAAGGUGUGUCUUUUUUUUUAACAAAAGCUCAAAUCUGUAUAUGAAUUGAUUCAGGAAUUAAUUUAGACGUAUAGGCUGCCAUUUGUGCCAGCAGUAUAUUCUGAAAUGUCUCAUAGAUAUCUAUUUUUGAAUAAAGAGGGUGUUGUUGAGUA